CCUUGGGUAACGACCGUUACUCGAGAAGAAACCAUGAAGACCUUCGUGUUAAUUGCCACCUUGGCAGUAUUGACCCAAGCUAGACCUGAACCCCCAGUAGGCUACAGUUACCCAGCACCCUCGUCGAGCUACGGAGCUCCAUCUGGUGGCAGCAUCGGCACUCUUAGCAUCGGAGGACAUGGUUCCAGCCUUGGCGGGGCCUUGAGCGUGUCCGGCGGUGGUGUUUCACUAGGAGGCGGGGGACACGGUAUCUCCUUCGGAGGUGCUGGUUUGGGAGGUGGACAAGGUAUCUCCCUCGGAGGUGCUGGUUUGGGAGGUGGACAAGGUGGCAGCUUAGGAGGCAGCUUCUCCUCUGGUUCCUCCAGCUCGUCGGCGUUCUCCUCAGGUUUCAGCACCGGUGGAGGGUUCGCGUCUUCCGGUGGAUUCGCGUCCGGUGGAUUUGGUGGUGGCGGUGGUGCUGGAAGCACCCUCGUCCAGAAACACAUCUACGUACACGUUCCUCCUCCAGAACCAGAAGAGGUCCACGCUCCAAGGCCCAUCCACGUAGCGCCUCCACAGAAGCAUUACAAGAUCAUCUUCAUUAAGGCACCAACUCCUCCAACCCCCACCGUUCCAACCAUCCCAUUGCAGCCUCAGAACGAAGAGAAGACUCUUGUCUACGUCUUGGUGAAGAAACCCGACGAGCAACCAGAGAUCCACAUCCCAACCGUCGCGCCAACCCAACCCUCCAAACCCGAGGUUUACUUCAUCCGUUACAAGACCCAGAAAGAGGCCGCUUCCGGAGGAUUCUCUGGAGGAGCGAUUGGUGGCGGAGGAUUCUCUGGAGGAGCGAUUGGUGGCGGAGGUAUCUCCGGUGCUGGACUUGGUGCAGGCAUUUCCCUUGGUGGAGGAUCCCACGGAACAGUCUCUCUCGAUGGCGGUGCCGUUCUCUCCGGAGGUUCAGGAAUUUCUGGCGGUUCCUUCAGCAGCGGCGGCUCCCUGGAUGGAGGUUUGGCUAUCUCCGGUGGUUCUAGUCACAGUAGCGCUAUAUCCAGCGUCAGUUCUGGCAGUGCAAGUCUUUCGACGAGCUACGGUCCCCCAGGUCACGUCAGCGGAGGUCCGUACUAGAACCUGUGCCGAAAAUCCAUACGGGUAAAUCUGGACGGUGGAUCUGUAUAGCCGUCUGGGUGCGAUAUAGACUUGCGGGAUUCGACAGCCCCAUAUUUCGUUGUACAUAGUCCAUUUUAGUUUUAAGGUUAUGUAUUUUUUUAUUUUAUU